AUGUGGUCCAUUCAAGCUUUGACCUAUGCUUGGAAGCCAGCAGGUCGACGUUCUGGUGCUUACGGUCUCUCAUUAACACAAUUGCAGAGGAUGCAUAUCGCAUACUCUACAACUGCUGCCACCUCCCUCUUUCUCAACAUUUUGAUUCAUCCUCUUGAUAGCCAAGCGCAGCAAGAUCUGGAGCUUUUGAUCUCUGCAGCGAACCUGAUACGAAACCUGCCUUCGACCAAUUUGACGGUCAGCGAAAGUACUAGAAUCCAAGAAACUGGGAGCUUUUUGCGGAGAUUUGUAUGGCUUGGAAGCUGUGCAGUGAACAAGGCCGAAGGAGGAAUGAUGUCUGCUCAAUAA